UAACAGACUGUUAUGCAUUGUUGAUCGCAUCAUCGUUAUUUUGAACAUGCAUAUAAUGUGUAUAAAAACGAAUGCAUUGGCAGAACGUCUGCUUUGAAUGGUUAUAGCCUAGUUUAUGUAAUUUAAUGGGAUUUAACACAGUGUUUUCUCUUAAAACCUUCUUGUUGUUUGUAUGAACAGCAUCGGCAUUUUAAAUGACAUCUCAGUUCACCUACUGUAUGUGACUUUAAGAAAAGGGCAUUAAAGAACGCCUUCUUCUCCCUCAUGACAUCGUCGUUGGAUAUUUAUGCAUGCAAUCAGUGGAAACAAUGCUAGUAUCCCAAACCCUAUUAGAUGAUGCUAAAACAAUUGCUAUCUAUUGCUUUGGAUUCAUGCAUCUUUAAUGUGGUGAUGUCAUAGGCCAUGGCUACUUGUUAUCAGCAUAUUGGGAAAAUCUACCUGACUUAGGUGCAAACACACAUAAGUACUGUGGGAAUGAAAAGCAUACAUUCAUUUUGAAUAAUGUAAAAGGGUCAUCAAACCCCUCUUCCUCCUCCUUCCUCAACACCAGUGCACAGUUAACUCUUGGUACGUGCGUACAACUUUUUAAUUUCAAAACGUGGCUAUUCUCAUUCAGUCAUCCAUCAUAAGCAGGAUAUCGUUCCACCCUGUUUCCCCCUCUCAUCCUCUGAAUAUGUUGAAGGCCCUGGCAGGAAUCUGCUUGCUUCAUCUGACAACAAUAUUCUUCCUCUUUUGGGCAACUAUAGAUGAUGCAUGGUGGUUCACAAGGACCCUUUACACAGACCUGUGGGGCAGAUGGGUGAUGGAGAACAAUGAUGAUGUCUGGGUGUACAUGGAUAUACCGACCUCAUACAGGAAAGACUACCUGCAGGCGGUUCAGGCGUUUGCGGUGCUGUCCUGCCUGUUUGCUGUGUUCUCUCUGUGCGUGUUCAUAUUCCAACUCUUUACUCUGGGUAAAGGAAAGCGGUUCACCAUCUCUGGAGUUGUGCAGCUCAUCUCCUGUUUCUGCAUAAUGGUGGCUCUGUCAGUCUACACCGAUCACUUUCACAGAGGUGAGAAGGAUGGCUGGUAUGGCUGGUCCUACAUCAUGGCCUGGUUUGGCUGGCUGCUGACCCUCUUCACAGGAAUUAUGUACAUCGUCCUGCGCAAGAGAGUGGAGUAAACUUUAACCCUCGCUCUCAGUGCUAAUGUACAGCCUUGAAUAUUCCUUUCUUUUGUCAUGCAAACUUUACUAUGGACUAUGACUUACUGUACUACUUCAAAAUGUAGGUGCGGUACUCGAAAAUUAAUGAGCUGUCUUGAAUGUUACAGGCCUUUGUUGAAAAUGUAGAAAUGUGCACAACAAAUCAUAGCAUCAGCAGUUCAUUUAAACUUUUGAACAAGUUCAAAAUAUGUGAAAGUCUCGACUCAGCAUUUCAGGAAAAAAUGGUCAGAGAUGUUUCCUAAACAAGAAGAGAAAUGGUUUUUUUGCAUUUUUAUUUAGAGCAAUGCUAUGGAUUGAUUUAAUUGGCCACCUUCUCUCGUUCCAAAGCACUGAGGGCAGUUAGAGGGUCUGAACAAAAGUUAUUGCAGGGGUUGUUGUGUAAAAAUGGCAAAGAUUAUAUGAAAAUACAGUAUAUGCAAGAACGAAUUGUACAAAAUGUAUUUAUAACAUGUAUAAAGAAAAAACUAAGUUGUACAUAUAAAGUACAUACAGAAAAAUAUAUGUUAUAAAAGUGUAGUUUUAAACAUCACUUGCACUUUAAGAAAUAGCUGUCUUAAGUUUAUUUUAUUUAAGAUUUUCUUUCAGUUUUGUCGUAGAUGGCAAUAGCACAGGAUAUUCUCUACUGUAGGUCAAGAUAAGGGUCAAAUCUUUGUUACUGCGAUACAUUAUGGUGCUGUUCAGUUUGUGAUCAUUCACUUGGUCAUGUAGGCUUUUUUGUACAAACACUCUACCCUCAUAUUUACUGAACUAUUUCUGUGUGGUUUUCUUGAUAAUAACAUCAUGGGUCCUGUUGCUAUGCCAGCUAUUUUGAUUAGCAUGAUGAAUGUUCAUGUGGUCAGAUGAUCAUCCUGUAAGAUUCUAAUUCCAGAGCACAGAAUGUUCCAAAAGAUGCUUUUUUUUUUUUUUUUUUAAAUGCCAAAAUGUACUCAUUUUUAUGGGAAUAAUUAUUCAAUUUCCUCUCCUUGUCUGAGUUAUCCAGUUUUGCUUUGUUUGGUUUCAGUCAGUUCUAGAUGUAUUUUUAUUUCACCGAUUGUAUUUUAUUUUUUCCAUUGCAAAGCCAAACAGUGUAAACCAGGGAGGAAGUUAAUUUUAGUAAAUCAGACAAAUAAAAACCUUGCCAUAAGAAUA